GAAGACGACCGCCUCAUGCCCCUCCCCCUCCUCAAGCCGACCAAUGAGAAGCUGCCACUCGCCUCUCAGCCGCUGUUAAUCAACUACGCAAACCCUGGAUUAGCUCCGUUCCUAUUGGCCGAGGGGUUAUCCUCUAUGGAGACGCUGCUUACCAACAUACAGGGGCUCCUGAAGGGGGCGCUGGACAGCGCCCGCUCCCACACCGAGCAGAGCCGGCUGGAGAAGACGGAGCUGAAGCUGCAGCUGGAGAGAGAGAGAGACGCUCGGUACACACUUCAGAGACAACUCAGCACGGAGCUGCAGGCCACAGUUUGGAUCCAGCGGCGUCUGAAGAAAGAGAAGAAGGCGAAGAGGAAGCUGCAGGAAGAGUUAGAGCUGCAGAUACUGCACCGAUGCACAGUGAUUCCUGAGAAAGAGAUCAACCAGCAGAAAACCCCCGCAGCUCAAGAGAACAAACCUCCCCUCUGAAACAGCAGCGAUGAAAGGAUGAAGAGAUGACAGGAUGAACAGAUGAAGGGAUCAACAGAUGACAGGAUGAACAGAUGAAGGGAUGAACAGAUGAAGGGAUGAACAGAUGAAAGGAUAAAAGGGUGAACAGAUGAAAGAAUGAAGAGAUGAAAGGAUAAACAGAUGAAAGGGUGAACAGAUGAAAGGAUGAAAGGAACGAGAUGAAAGGGUUAACAGAUGAAUAGAUGAAAGGAUGAAGAGAUGAAAGGAUAAACAGAUGAAAGGGUGAACAGAUGAAAGGAACGAGAUGAAAGGGUUAACAGAUGAAUAGAUGAAAGGAUGAAGAGAUGAAAGAAUGAACGAAUGAAAGGGUGAACAGAUGAAAGGAUGAAACCUCCUGAAAAACAAACCCAGAUGGACAGAUAAAAAACUACAAAAGAUGAACUGAUUACUUCCUCCCUACUUCCUGUUGUUAAUUAUUAUUAUGAUCCGUUCAUGUAAAGAUACGAGUGAAUAUGAUUGGAUGCCCUGAAGGGGGCGGGGCUACAUGACUUGUGAUGUCGUUAGUUGAGCCUCCUGUUAGCCCCGCCCCCUGCUGAUGUUUUACUGCUGUAAAACUGUUUCCUGUCUGUUGUUAGAAGUAAAGAACUACUACUACUACUACACACAUUAAUCAUGAAUACAAU